AUGUCAGAGGCGGCGCAGGCCGUUGCUUCCGAUCCGACCACCUCCAUCGCCUCUCCCACCUCGAUUCCGUCGGAGGCGAUUCGCCCCGCGCGCCGAUUCUCCAAGGCGCCCGACUUCUGGCUGCUCUCGCCGCUCCUCUACGCACCGCUCCUACCCCUCAUCCGCAUAUCGCUGCGCCACAAGCCGCGGCUGAGGGACCGCCUCUUUGGCGCUGCCGUGGGGGGGGCGUUCAUGCACGGCGCGUGGUUGAGCCAUCGCUUCUACAACGCGGAGAGCUACACUCAAGCGCACAACAGAUAG